AUGGCUCCCCCUCAGCUCGGCACGGACCUACACCUGCUAGCCCUCUUCCUACUUCUCGUAGCUUCAUGUUUCGUCAUCAUUAGACGCCUCAAGUCAGGCCGCAACGAUAUUGGCCGAGUGCUGCCGCCUUCGCCUCCUGGGCUGCCAAUCAUCGGCAACAUGCACCAGCUAGGCUGGGGACACCACCACCGGAAGCUGCAGGCGCUCGCGCGGCAGCACGGCGACAUCUUUCUCCUCCGGCUAGGCACCGUGCCCGUUCUAGUGAUUUCCUCUGCCUCCAUGGCCGAGGAGGACCUCAAGAACCAGGACCACGUCUUCUGUGGCCGUCCGCAGCAGCGCACGGCGCGCGGCAUCUUGUACGAUUGCAGGGAUGUCGGCUUCAGCCCCUACGGGGAGCGGUGGCGCCAGCUUCGCCGCAUCGCCGUCGUACACCUCCUCAGCGUCAAGCGGGUCGACUCCUUGCGUGCUCUCCGGGGAGAGGAGGUCGCGUCGUUGGUGUCCCGGAUCCGCGCCUCGAGCGCCAUGGAGGACCAAAGCGGCAGUCGCCGAGGAAUCAACGUAAGUGAGCUCAUCGUCAGCUUAACCUACACUGUCAUCUCGAGGGCGGUGUUCGGGAACAAGCUCGGGGGCAUGGAUCCCCCAAGUUUCCGUGCGAUGACGAAAGAGGUAGCUGAUCUGCUCGAAACGGUCGCGUUAGCUAGUUAA